CCUUUUAUCAAAUGCUCACCACACAAUUGCGUUUAGCAACGACAAAAACGAAACUAAUAAAUAGUAAUCCUAUGGGAAUAGUCUUUGGCAAAACUUACAUAAUGGGAAUGGUUUUUGGUAAAAUCGCUGUCGAGACUCCCAAAUACACGGUGACCAAAUCCGGCGACGGUUAUGAAGUCCGUGAAUAUCCACCGGCCGUUGCGGCGGAGCUCACUUACGAUCCGUCGGAAUUCAAAGGCGACAAAGACGGCGGAUUUCAAGUCUUGGCUAAGUACAUAGGCGUGUUCGGGAAACCGGAGAACGAGAAGCCGGAGACGAUCGCGAUGACAGCUCCGGUGAUCACGAAGGAAGGAGAGAAGAUCGCGAUGACAGCUCCGGUGAUCACAAAAGAGGGGGAGAAGAUCGAGAUGACUUCUCCGGUUGUGACCAAGGAAGGAGGAGGAGGUGAAGGAGGGAAGAAGAAGAUGGUGACGAUCCAGUUUCUGUUGCCGGCGAUGUACAAGAAGGCGGAGGAGGCGCCGCGUCCGACGGAUGCGAGGGUGGUGAUUAGGGAGGAAGGAGGGAGAAAGUACGGCGUGGUUACUUUCAGUGGUAGGGCGGGAGAGAGUGUUGUGAGUGAGAAGGUGAAGAAGCUGACUAGUGAUCUCGAGAGAGACGGGUUUAAGAUCACCGGAGAUUUCGUCCUUGCUAGGUUUAAUCCGCCAUGGACUCUACCUCCGUUCAGGACCAACGAAGUUAUGAUUCCUGUUGAAUGAUAGAAACUGUAUCCCAAAGUUUAUAGCUUUUGGUCUCAAGAACUUGUUUUUUUCUUUUCUUUUCCACUUUGUGUUUUGUAGUUAAAAGUAACAGAAGAAUAAUGUAUACAAUGCAAGCUUUUGAUGAUUUAAAUUCUAGAGAAUGAACAUGGAUGGAU